AAUUUUUAUUAUUAUGAUAUGCGUAUAAAGUUUGUAAGAGAGCUAAGAACAUUCCCAUUUGCAAAUUGCCUAGUCAAAGAUCUUCCCAAAUUCCCUUCAGAAUCUGUAAGAAUCCUACAUUUAAGAGCUUCUUCUUCAAAAAAACAAAAAUGGGUUCUUUUGAAGAGAUGGCAUUGAUGCUGGGGUUUUUGUGAAAGGUAUAGAGAGAGAGAGAGAGAGAGAGAGAGAGAGAGAGAGAGAGCGAGAGAGGCUUUUCAUCCAUAGAGCGCUUUCUUUCCCUUCUGGAAGGGUAAUCGAAGCAAGAGCCCAGAGGGAGGUCUGGACAGAGAGAGAGAGAGAGAGAGAGAGAAAGGUAUGAAGGAGUUGUUUGGGAGCCCAGGGAAGGUGAGUGGGUUGGCACUCAGAAUUGGGCAGUGCUCUUUUGCUGCUGCUUCAAUUGGAAUCAUGGUCUCUGCUCAUGGCUUCUUCAACUCUACUGCUUUUUGCUAUUUAAUUGCAUCGAUGGGACUUCAAGUUCUAUGGAGUUUUGGACUUGCAUGCCUCGACUUGCAUGCUUUGAGGUCAAAGAGAAGCCUGCAGAACCCUGUUCUAGUGAGCCUGUUCGUGGUUGGUGAUUGGGUGACAGCUAUUCUAUCGCUGGCAGCUGCUUGCUCAUCAGCUGGAGUGACAGUUCUCUAUUCCAAAGAUUUGAAUUACUGCACUAGACCUCCAUAUCUUCCUUGCAUGAAGUUCCAACUUUCUGUAGCUUUGGCUUUUAUCUCAUGGUUCCUCCUUGCUGUUUCCUCACUUGUCAUGUUUUGGCUGUUGGGUGCUGUAUGAAUGACAAUUCACACCAACUUCACAAACUUCAGAUUCUUCAUUUUUACCCUGUAAUUAUUUGUUACAUCUGAAAAUAUAAGAGUUUUGUUGAAGAA